UUUUCUUGGCCUGGACUUUUCUGAGACGAGCAGAGUGUGUGUGAGUAGCUGCAGGAUGGCUACUUUACCCGGAACAGUGCCUCGGAUGGUGCGUCCUGCGCCAGGCCAGAACUACCCCCGAACCGGCUUCCCUCUGGAAGUGUCCACCCCUCUGGGCCAGGGCAGGGUGAACCAGCUUGGCGGAGUGUUCAUCAACGGGAGGCCGCUGCCAAAUCACAUCCGACACAAGAUAGUGGAGAUGGCCCACCACGGCAUCCGGCCCUGCGUAAUCUCGCGACAACUGCGAGUUUCUCACGGCUGCGUCUCCAAGAUCCUCUGCCGGUACCAGGAGACCGGUUCGAUCCGUCCGGGGGCCAUAGGAGGCAGCAAGCCCAGGCAGGUGGCAACUCCCGACGUGGAGAAGCGGAUCGAGGAGUACAAGAGGGAGAACCCGGGUAUGUUCAGCUGGGAGAUCCGGGAUAAGCUGCUGAAGGACGGGGUGUGCGACAGAAGCACAGUUCCUUCAGGUGAGGCUUCAUCUGUGAGCUCCAUCAGCCGCGUUUUGAGGGCCCGAUUUGGCAAAAAAGAUGACGAGGAUGACUGUGAUAAGAAGGAUGAAGAUGGAGAAAAGAAAACAAAGCAUAGCAUCGAUGGCAUCCUCGGUGAUAAAUGUAACCGCACAGACGACGGUUCAGACGUGGACUCGGAGCCCGACUUGCCGCUGAAGAGGAAGCAGAGGCGCAGCCGCACCACCUUCACCGCUGAGCAGCUGGAGGAGCUGGAGAAGGCUUUUGAGAGGACGCAUUACCCCGACAUCUACACCAGGGAGGAGCUGGCUCAGAGGACGAAGCUCACAGAGGCCAGAGUACAGGUGUGGUUCAGCAACAGACGGGCCCGGUGGCGUAAACAGGCCGGGGCCAAUCAGCUCGCGGCCUUCAACCACCUACUUCCUGGAGGAUUCCCACCCACAGGGAUGCCGACUCUACCCACAUACCAGCUACCGGAGUCCAGCUACCCCAGCACCACGCUAUCGCAGGAGGGCAGCAGCACGUUGCACAGACCCCAGCCCCUGCCUCCGUCCUCCAUGCAUCAGGGAGGUCUGAGUGCCGACAGCGGCUCUGCUUACGGCCUGUCGUCCAACCGCCACAGCUUCUCCAGCUACUCCGAUACCUUCAUGAGCCCCUCGGCAUCCAGCAACCACAUGAACCCCGUCGGCAACGGGCUCUCCCCACAGGUGAUGAGUAUCCUGAGUAACCCCAGCGCCGUACCCUCCCAGCCCCAGCACGACUUUUCCAUUUCCCCCCUGCACAGCAGCCUGGAGAGCUCCAACCCCAUCUCAGCCAGCUGCAGCCAGCGCUCCGACACCAUCAAGAGUGUGGACAGCCUGGCUUCCUCCCAGUCCUACUGCCCCCCCACCUACAGCGCCACCAGCUACAGCGUGGACCCCGUCGCCGCGGGCUACCAGUACAGCCAGUACGGCCAGACAGCUGUGGACUACCUGGCUAAGAACGUGAGCUUGUCCACCCAGAGGAGGAUGAAGCUGGGCGACCACUCGGCCGUGCUGGGGCUGCUGCAGGUGGAGACGGGUCAGGCCUACUGAGCCUCUCGGGACUCGCCCUGCCUGCACCACCGCUCUCGAUUUCACCCUCUGCCACCCUCCUCCAUGCUCCAUCCAGUCUGGACUCCAACUCCGGCUCGCUUCUCCGCCGCUCGCGCUGCAGCUCGGCCAUGACAUCAGCGCACAGACACGCCGCCUCUCUGCGACCAGAGAACGUGACGCUAGUGGGUGUGAGAAGUCUCUGUGGAGAGUGGAACUAAACUCUUUCACACCAUUGUCCACCACCAGGCGGCUCUGCACCCUCUCCCCUCGAUCCGUAGGGCAUCUUUGUCUGCUCCUCGCCCUCCUGCCCCAGCCCCAGACCCUGUUUGUUCUGCUCGGAGGGCCAGACAGCUGCAGGAUGGUCGAUGCCUUGGCCCGGAUUCCUCUUUGUCAUGGCUGCAGUCCAGCACACAUUCAGAGCCAUCGAUGUACUUUGACCUUGCUGUUCAUAGUAGUUAACGAAGCCGAUAUCAUUUGAGCGACUCUUAUUCUUGUUCCUUUUUGAUAUUGUUCGGAUUAUUGUUGCUGUUCUAUGAUUAUGGUUACUGUGAUUUCUGUUGUUCUUUGAUUCCAUUCGUAUCUCUUUUCUCUGUUAGAUGUCGGUGUGUAAAACGCGGUGGAUGACUGACGCGAUCGGGGAGUGCGUGUCUGUUGCGUGUGCAUGUUUGCGUGUCGGCACAGUCGCACAAAAGAGGAUGAUUGUUUUCCAAGCUGCUGCUGCUGCUGCUCCUCUGCCGGUUCCCUGAGCUCGAAUGUUCACGAGCGAUUUGACCUUCCCACUUUCAUAUUCAUCUUGACAUUCCUAAAGAACUUGGCCACUCUGUGGGAAGUCUGGCUGGAUGGAUUCUGCAGGGAAUUAGAGCAGCGUUUUGGCGGCCAAUAGCUUUCCCCUUGUAACCUCCAUCCCAUCCUUAGCCGCGGUCCGUAGGGAGGGGGGCAUUGUUUGCAAAAACAGGAUUGGGGAAAUUAAUGUAUUUUGAAAUAUGGACCUUGCCAAGGAGGGCUAGCUCAUCCCCCGCUCCCCACUCCUCCCAAAUCCCAUCUGCCAGGGAAUCCUGUGUGACUUAAACAGUGUAAAGCAGAUUAAAUCACACAAAUAUAAUGUCAGAGCUAAUUCACAGUGACCCUUCCCAUUACCAGCCAGCAGUUCACGUCUUACAGCAUAAUUAACACAUUCUGUAAAUGCACCUUGGGUUGGUUUCCACUCUUCGCCUAAAGAAGCAUUCCUUCGAAACAUUCCUCAGGCUCCAUCUGCGAAAAUACUAUAAGCAUUCCAGCGUUUUCUGUUAUGAGAUUAAGAAGUAGACAAGCUGUGCCAUUCACAUGCACUCUGGAAAAUCACAUAAUCCAGUCAGUGGUGAAAGGGCACAGGUACCGCCGCUGAUUGGCCCCCCUCUCUGGUCCGGACCGGAGCCCCGUCUAAUCCUGCGCUUUGACGCACUCACCGAAAUGUACAAAAGAAGAAAAAGAAUUUAAAUAAUAGUGGAUACGAGACAUUUGUGUAGCGCUCAUAGUUGACUCUUUGACCUGAUCCAGGACCAGCGGUUCCCUUGAGACGUCUGUGGUUUUUCAUUGACAUCAGUGUGAUAAUGAAUUGUUCCCUCUCAAGACGGAUCUGGUCCUCUGUCGCCUCUGAACCGAACCCUGUACAGUAGCUGGAGCAGAUUGUGUAUCGUUUCUUUACAAAGAGUAUGUUUUAUACUAAAACCAGGCGAUGUCGAGUGGUAGCGAAGCGAGGAUCUGUGGAAGUCAAUGUUUGUUUCAGUUUCCUUAACCGGCUUGUUUUCUGUUGCUUUGGUUUCGAUUGUAUUUAAUUGGUUCUCUUGUUCCGACCAAAACUUUUCUUUCUGGUUUUCGGCCAAGGCGCGAAUGAAUUUGUAUAAAUUAGAAAAAAUAAAUUCCACUGAAAUUGUUCCAAUUAAAUUUGUAUUAACGAGGAUCCAACUGAGCUCAAAGGAAAGCGUGGCGUCCCAGACAGACUCCCUGGACCGCGGCACCGCUGGAUCCAACAUCUUCACCCGUCACAGAAUCUUCAGGGUGUUUUUUUGACCACCUGGUUUCACAGACUGACGACCGGUGCGGACCAGGUGUGACCGGACCGCGGACCUAACACACCUGAGCCUUCGGUGUGAGACUCUGCCAGCGGUCCGGCACCACGACGGUGAUGAUGAAGGUGAUGAUGAAGGUGAUGCUAGUGACAGCAGCCUCCGAGACACGAGUGGCGUGGGACUCGUUGGACCAAUAAGACUUGACAGUAACGCUGACUCGGCACUGAAUGGCAGCAGGAGCGCCGCUCCACGUAGACGCCUCACUCAUGUGUAUAUUUUAAAAAGGAAGAAUUUUAGAUUGUCUUUAGUGUAUCAAACCAUUUCUAACACUCAAUAAACAUUUGGAUAUUUAAGGCAUACACCUGCUCCCCUCCCGUCUGUUGGACCCGUAACCCGUUUAGUUGCUUUCUGACAUCUGUGCUUUGCUUUACUCCUCUUUCUGUUCCGCAUGUUUGUAUAUUAUCAUGGUAUAAUUUAUUCUGCUGUAUGAAGUAUUAGAGUAGUGGGAAACUUGUAUUGGUAUUUACUACCUUCAGCCUGUUGGUGUGUUUACUGUAACACUGGCGUAACUGUUAUCAAUUAAAGAUCCAAAACCGA